GUCUGCAUCAAACAAGAGGAUGCUCGGUUAGCGCGGUUAGCUUCCUCGUUAGCAGCCCACCGUGUCGGGAAGUUGCAAGAUAAUUUACAAGAAGGGACAGUAACGAUGCGGGCUGUCAGCUAUUUCCGCUGGAAACUCGACGUACUGCGGGUUUGUAUUUAUGAAGCUUGAGCCGGAUAAUUACCGGAGCUAAGUUAGCUUAGCUUCACUGUCGAGGCCAGCGUCUGAAGCGUCUGUUAGCGUCAAUGUUUAGAAGCAAACAAGAGAAGCAAAACAGAUCAACUCUGAAAAACUCCCGGGUUUGAGGGGAUGUUAUUGCACCUAGCCGACACGAAUAGAAGUCCGCGUUGAAUCCACAGAGAAAGUGGUUUAUUUGAUGUUUUUUAGCUCAGCAGUUGAUUAGCAAAAAAGAGAAGAGUGCAGUCAUGGACGAUUUCAGCUCGAUCAGCCUGCUGUCUCUGUCAAUGCUGGUGGGGUGCUAUGUGGCCGGGACCAUUCCUUUAGCAGUCAAUUUCUCAGAGGAGAAGCUUAAGCUGGUCACAGUGCUCGGCGCAGGGCUCCUCUGUGGGACCGCUCUAGCUGUCAUCAUCCCUGAAGGAGUUCAUGCACUUUAUGAGGAAAUCCUCGAAGGCGGACACCACAGUCCCGGCCAGGCCGGAGCCGUGGAGGCUUCCCAGGCGAAGGCCGACGUGGAGGCGGCGCUGAGCGCCAGCGGGCAGCACGAGCACAGUCACGAGCAGCUGCACGCCUACAUCGGCGUGUCUCUGGUCCUGGGCUUCGUCUUCAUGCUGCUGGUGGAUCAGAUCGGAAGUUCUCAUAUCCACAGCACUGAAGGUUUAGAUCCAGAAUCAGCCAGAGUUUCCUCGUCAAAAAUCACCACCACCCUGGGUCUGGUGGUCCACGCUGCUGCUGACGGAGUCGCAUUAGGAGCUGCAGCCUCGACGUCUCAGACCAGCGUUCAGCUCAUCGUCUUCGUGGCCAUCAUGCUGCAUAAGGCUCCUGCAGCGUUCGGCCUGGUCUCCUUCCUCAUGCACGCCGGUCUGGAGAGAAACCGCAUCCGUAAACACCUCCUGGUUUUCGCCCUGGCGGCGCCCGUCCUCGCCAUGCUCACAUUUUUAGGCCUCAGCCAGAGCAGCAAAGAGGCCCUGUCGGACGUCAACGCCACCGGCGUGGCCAUGCUCUUCUCGGCCGGCACCUUCCUCUACGUGGCCACCGUCCACGUGCUCCCCGAGGUGGGGGGCGGCGGCGGCCACAGCCACGCCGCCGCGGGGGCCGGCGGGGGGAAGGGACUCAGCAAGGUGGAGGUGGGAGCGCUGGUGCUGGGCUGCCUCAUACCUCUGGUGCUGUCGGUGGGCCAUCACCAUUAGACCCCGCCCCCCCCCCCCAGCUCGGUUCGCAUGAAAGUAAAGCGAGGACAGAGACCUCAAACCUUGGAAACGUCUUACUGCUUGUCGGCUGCUGACGGCGCUCGGGGACCAGAGACUUCCUCUCUGAUGUGACUUGAAAGUGGGGGCGGGUGGUGUUGGUGGGGGGAGCCGGGGAUCAGAGUUACUGCAUCCACAAAACACAAUCCAGCUACUCUGCGUUUGCAUUAAUUCCACCAGAAAUGUUCUCUUUUUUCAAAAAAAAAAAAAAAAAAAAAAAAAAAAAACAUAAAAAAACCAUGGUGUGUUCAGGCCACCUGGGAGUUUUCAGUGUCGCGUUAUCGUGCUCGUUGAGAUUCAAAGAGCCAGGCCCGAUUUCACCACCGUCAGCUUCUCCUAGAAGGCCGUUGCAGUGAGAUUUAGAUAGUUUCCAGUAAGCUUGUGACUUUUUUUUCUUCUUCUUCUCAUUUUCUUUCUUUUUAAAUAAUUGUACAGAGUGUAAAUCUCCAAGCAACAGAUUUAAACUGAUCCAAGUGCCAUAUUGCUAUUGAAAGAGAGAAGACUUCUUUUCCGGAACGGAGCUUCUGUUUUCACUCCGCAUCCUCCGAUCAGGCGAAGUGGAGGAUCCCGAACUGGUCUUUAACGGAUGCCGAUGCUUGAAGGCUCGACGUCCAGUCUUUUAAACCCCCGUCGAGGAGGAAACAAUCAUAACGUGUCACUUUUUAUUGUGGGUUUCUGGUUGUGGUGACUGUAACGGAGUGUGUGAGGACCUGUCUUAACGUGAAAAUGGACUUCAUCGGCGGCGGAGGGUUUUCCUCUUUCCCAGCAGCCGUGAAGCGGACUGCGGGAUUCGCCUCGCGGAGGGCAUUAGCCAGCUGGGCCAAAACCUUUUAGGGACCAUCUGCUCAGGAGAUGCAUUCAAGGGUUGUGAGAGGAGAACUUUGAUCAGCAAUAAUCAUGAAUAAGUAAGUUGUAAACACGAGGCUGUAAAAGUAGCGUAAUGACUUGUGCGUGCAUGUGGAGAGGUGUGUGUGUGUCUCCGUUAGCAUACUUAACAUUUGUAUGUUUAAUUAGAUUUGUAUGCUUACAGGGACCUGGAAAUGUCGUCACAUCAUUCUCAGCCUGGAUGGUGAAUUGAAUCUGCUGAGGGAGAAAACGGUUUUGAUCCCUCAGUCUUGACUUGCAGGCUCCUGUGAGUCCACCCCAUCAGCUUUCCAUUCGAGCGGCUCAGAUUCAGCCUGAGUUGAACAUUUACAGGCCCUCGUAAAUAAAGCAAGUAUGAAUGGAAUAGUUUCAUGCACAAAUCUAACUGCGCACACACGGAUUUUGCUUUGCACAAAUUAUGUAGAAAUCUCCCGAUUGAGGCACACAAGUCACUUAGCUACCAGAAACGGCUCUGAAUCCAUUUCUUCAUCAAUGUUAUGUGAUCCACAUAUCAGAAAAAGAGAAACAAAUCUGCUCCAGAAGCACUAAAACGGGAAGCGGUCGCUGGAACGGAGGACGGUGUCGAAGCAGCAGAGCUCGUGGAUGUAUUUGUAUGUAUACUGUACAGUCAACCCUCUUCCCUGAUCUCUGCUGUGAGCUGGGACUUCUUACUCUCAAAUACACUUUUUCUUUUUUUUUUUUUAAAUUAUUUCCAAGUCUGAUUUGUUCAGGAGACUUUCUGAGGAGUCCCAGUUUCAUGUGUGAAUCUUAACGGUUUUCCAAGUGAAUGACUCUUCUGCUGUUGGUACUAUAAAGGGAAACUUCCAGAAACUUUGCAGUCUCACCUGUAUGUUAGAGGGCAGCUUCGUUUUGUGCCAUUUUAUGUUGAAUCUAAAUUCUGAAGUCGAUGAAACUCCAGAGGCCGGUAUCUUCUGUCGUUUCAUGUGAAGCAGACUGGCGCCCUGCCUGGUGAUGCCCUCCGGUUUCCACCUCAAAUUCAGAAGACUGAACAGAUUUACUCCGAUAAAAUGUCUUUAGGUUGUUUUGCCGCUAGAAAAGUUCAAGUCAACAUGGGAAACGAGAGCAGAAAUCCUUCAAAUUUGAAAUAAUCAGCUAAAAAAGAAAGAUAAUGGCACAAAGUGAGGCCUGCUGGGAUCCGGAGGGAGCUGCAGACACAGGUUCGUACUUUCAGUUCUAGUUUUUUUUCUUUCUUUCUGUCGUUCCACAUCGAGUCGGCCUUAUUUCCAAACUCUUGAUUGUGAUCAUCGGUUGUGAAGCAGCGUGUUUUAUGACAACUAAAUUAAAAGUUUUUUAACUGG